CGCAACCUCUUCAGAUCCUCCAUGUUCUCAGAUCCUCAAGGUGAUCAACGGAUUCCCGGAGGUCGUCUCGUGGAAAUGGCGGACAAGUGGGUGCUGAUGGUCACGGCACAGACGCCGACCAAUAUAGCUGUUAUCAAGUACUGGGGGAAGAGAGACGAAACCCUAAUCUUGCCCAUCAAUGAUAGCAUUAGUGUCACGCUUGAUCCCGAUCAUCUAUGCACCACCACCACUGUUGCUGUCAGCCCUGUCUUUGACCAGGAUCGAAUGUGGCUCAAUGGCAAGGAAAUUUCCCUUUCUGGAGGUAGGUACCAAAAUUGUUUGCGGGAAAUCCGUAGUCGUGCUGGCGAUGUUGAGGAUAAAGAGAAGGGAAUCAAGAUAGUAAAAGAGGACUGGAAGAAAUUGCAUGUGCACAUUGCUUCUUAUAACAACUUCCCAACUGCAGCUGGGUUGGCUUCUUCGGCUGCUGGUUUUGCUUGUCUUGUAUUUGCCCUAGCAAAUCUGAUGAACGUAAAAGAAGAUCAAAGCAAGCUUUCUGCUAUAGCUAGGCAAGGUUCAGGAAGUGCUUGUCGCAGUUUAUUUGGUGGAUUUGUCAAGUGGAUCAUGGGACAGGAUGAGAAUGGAAGUGACAGCAUUGCAGUUCAGCUAGCAGAUGAGAAACACUGGGAUGAUCUUGUUAUUAUCAUUGCUGUGGUAAGUUCACGGCAGAAGGAAACAAGUAGCACUUCAGGAAUGCGCGAGAGUGUUGAAACAAGUUUACUCUUGCAGCAUAGAGCAAAGGAAAUUGUACCAAAACGCAUUCAAGAAAUGGAAGAAGCUAUCAAAAGUUGUGAUUUUGCAUCCUUUGCACAGUUGACCUGUGCUGAUAGUAAUCAGUUUCAUGCUGUCUGCUUGGAUACUUGUCCUCCCAUAUUCUACAUGAACAAUACAUCCCACAGGAUAAUCAGCAUCGUCGAAAAGUGGAAUCGAUCUGAAGGAACACCACAGGUGGCUUACACUUUUGAUGCUGGGCCGAAUGCAGUUUUAAUUGCACGAGAUCGAAAUGUUGCUACCCAAUUGCUUCAACGGCUGCUUUUCUACUUCCCUCCAACAUCUGAUACUGAUUUGAGCAGUUAUGUUCUCGGUGAUAAAUCAAUAUUGGGAGAAGCUGGGCUUGAAGGAAUAAAGGAUGUAGAAGCUCUGCAACCUCCUCCUGAAACUAAGGAUAAUAGCAUAUCAGCCCAGAAAUACAAAGGCGAUGUUAGCUAUUUCAUCUGUACUAGACCUGGGAGAGGUCCUGUGCUGCUUUCUGAUUCAAAUCACGCCCUUUUAAACCCGGAAACCGGACUCCCAAAAUAGUUCUAGACCAUUACUUUUCGUUAGAAGUUGCCCUUCUCAGGCCAAAUUUAUCGAAGUACGAGAGUGUUCUGCUGAGAUAAUCUCUUAAAGCAUUGAAGGUAGCUAUCGUGGAUCUCUCUAAUACAUGUUGAAUUCCAUUACUUGUACCUUGUGUUUGUAAUUCUUUUCUUUUUCUUGUAGUCUUGAUCCCUCAGGAUUCUAUUUACUUACAGUUUCUUUCACAGAAUAAACAAUAAUUGUUGUAAGUUUUCUCAAACUCAGGAGCUUGUUUGUGUCAUUGUGAACCAUUUAUUAAAGAUUUCAAGAUGUCAUACGAGAGUAUAGUUUUAUA